AUGAGAGAUAAUCCAGACAUCAAUAGGCUCCUUUCCAGCCUACAGUCUGAAGACGACACGCGCUUCGACAUCGUACUUCACGACGAGGAUUCUUUGAAAGAUGAUGGUGAAAAGGGUGCAGAGCUAAAGUCAUCCUUUAUCAUUCAGGGGUCUAACCUCGGUGGGGGUGAGGAACAAAGCAUAAGGGUGAUUGAAAAAGACAUCAGCAAGGAUGCGCUCACAGUUCAGUGUGACCUGCCUCAGAUCAUUCAUGGCACCAUGUCAGAUGGAAGAACACCCGCAACGCUGAUCGUGUUCCAAUUCGUGUUCAUGCCUCGAGACAAUCGCCAGCGCUUCAAGAAAGCUGGCAUCAGCAUCUGCUUUUCAGAUGGCGAAGUCACUAAUAUCACGCCAGAUGGCACCUGGGCGACGUUCCAGUCGGAGACGCAGCAAGAGCUGAGCCAUAGCAUUAAUCCUGGCUUGGAGGCGACGCUCGGGCUAGGGAAAGCGACGGUUGGAUACACAUGGCAGCUUACAAAGAACACAACGAUCGAAGGUCAUUCAACUGUGUUAGGUUGCACUCAAAUGCUGGGUCAAUCAAGCAGCAUGAAAAAGGCGAGAAGGAAUACCAUCCUAUGGGUAUUGCAGGAAAACGAACAAAUAAAGAGCGGCAUCCCGAGUUUCAUGCAGGCCGCUGCACUGUUAAAACGGGAGGGGACAGAGACGGAACCAAUGGGCAAGAAGUUCAGUGCCAAGAUCACUAUCCGAGGUAAAGUAGGAAACCACAAAUGGGUCACAAACAAGUGGGAGGAUAUCAAGAAAAUAGGAACGUUUGACAGCGUCAACAACUUGGGGAAGGUGGAUCUGGAUACCUACAAGCAAUUAGUGGCCAUCAGAUCAUGGGUGAAUGGAAAUGAAAAGGCCACAGAUCAAGUUCUCGUGCCUGCAGAGGUAACAGAAGAUGGGUUUGCGGCCCAGCCUCUUUCUCAGUUAUCAGGUACGGAGCCUGUUGCUAUAUCUACAGCUCUAGGAGUUGCGGCUGCUAGUACUUCUGUGGAAGAUGAGACCAAAGAAAUCACUCCACAUAUUUCGGCUGGCGACUCCCAAGAGGAGCCUUACAGGCCACAAAUGGAGACAGAUGCCCUCAUGCUGGCAAAUUCGUCGUCAGCAAGUUCAAUUUCUGAAGAUGGUGGGGUUGAAGAUCAGGUUAUACCUCUCAACAUAGAGCAGAAACGGCAGAAGCUCAAAGAUUUGGAAGAAGAGCUGCUGUUGGUGAGGAAUGAAACAAGACUGAUAACCCAGCUGGUCAUACUGGGAAGGGAGGAGAGGAGGCUCCUCAAGGAGAGCAGAAAGCUGAGGUGA